GGAGACCUACUGAAAGAGACACAGAAUAGGCCCUUCUGAUCAUCCUUUACCAUGUUUGCAUGCAUCAUGUUCCCUCCGAUGACUGGUUACAGUUGAGGGAUAGGGAGAGAAAGAGAGUGCCAUGUACCUCCUGGUCACAAUAAAAUGGUGGAGACCAGUGUUUUAUAAACUUGCUAUAGAAGGUUAAUAACAAAAGGCACUUCUUCUGACUCCAUCACAACGUGCACUGGCUCAUCUCAGGGCUGUGUUUUAUCCCCGCAUUUGUUUGUCAUAUAUACCAACAGCUGUCGCAGCAAUCAAGAAGGUCAAUAUCUUGUCAAAUCUGGAUGAUACUGCACUGUUCUCUCUUCUUAGCAGGCCAGUAGUAACCCAUGGCUUUGGCAGAGUUUAUCGCCUGAUGUAAUGUCAAUUUCUUAGAACUUAGUGUAAGACCAAAGAGAUUGUCUUUGAUUUUCAUUGGAUUUCUCCGCCAAGUCCUGACUUUGGAGGAAAGGUUCAGGAUGGCGGUUCUAGCCUCAUUGAUACUUUUCGGUGUCCUGGUAAUACCAGUCACCAUUCUGGGCCAAGCUGCAGAUGAAGACCCAGCAGGGGAUGCUCCAGAUGCAUGGACAGACUUCUGGGUUGUUCGCCUCACAUUAAACUUGCUUGGCUAUGCCACAAUCUUUGUACCAGGUUUUUUGUUGAUACAGUACUUGAGGAAGAUUAAAUACAAUGAGACUGCAGGCCCAGGAUGCUUGUCCAACAUGGCAGUACUGUGUGUGUUUGGCCAUGAGAAGGAUAUCACCACCGUGGCAGAGGAGGGUGGCCAGACCAUCAGCGCUCAAAAAAAAAUGGAAGAACAACCAUUUUCCAAGAAGGCACUAGUGCUUAGCGUGUGUUUCUUUGGUCUCCAGGGCUCCUAUUUGACUUGGGGCCUGCUGCAAGAGCGCAUCAUGACGUUUGAAUAUGGCAAAACAAACACCAGCAGUGGAGAGUUCUUUAAAAAUUCCCAGUUCCUGGUCUUUGUGAACCGUGUGUUGGCUUUUGUGAUUGCCCUGCUAGUAAUCUUUUUUCAGCAUCAGCCCAAGCAUACUGCACCAUUGUAUAAGUAUUGCUUCAGUUCUUUCUCCAAUAUUAUGAGCAGCUGGUGCCAGUAUGAAGCCCUCAAGUUUGUCAGCUUUCCAACUCAGGUUCUUGCCAAAGCAUCCAAGGUGAUUCCAGUCAUGUUGAUGGGGAAGAUUGUGUCAAAGAGAACUUACGAGGCAUAUGAAUAUAUCACUGCUGUCAUGAUCUCAGUUGGUGUAUCCAUGUUUUUGUUAACAAGCCAAGAUGCCACACGAAGUAAAGACACUGUCACAACCACUUCAGGACUUGUGAUGUUGGUAGGGUACAUGCUUUUUGACAGCUUCACUUCCAACUGGCAGGGAGAACUCUUUACCCAAUACAAAAUGUCCUCCAUCCAGAUGAUGGCUGGCGUCAACCUUUUCUCCUGUCUUCUCACCACAGUAUCGCUGAUAGAGCAAGGAGGCUUCAUUGAGGCCUCAGCCUUUAUGUUUCGACAUCCAGAUUUUUUUGUCCACUCUGUCAUCCUCAGCAUUUGCUCAGCCACUGGUCAGCUGUUCAUUUUCUACACAAUAGCACAGUUUGGUGCGGUCACUUUCAUUAUCAUCAUGACUAUGCGGCAAGGCUUUGCAAUCCUCCUUUCUUGCAUCAUUUAUGGCCAUCCUGUUACUGUCAUUGGUAUCCUGGGCAUUGGCAUUGUGUUUGCAGCACUUUUUAUCCGUAUUUAUGCGACACAGCAAAAACGUGCAGUAAAACUGUCACAAGCAGCCCUGCCUGCUCGAAGUGAGCGAACAUAAAGUGUCUUUACUACUUACAUUUACAAAGUGAUGGUUGAGCAUGAAAAAGGUAUGAAGUGGGAUUCUUAGGUUGGAAAGUUUUCAGUAUUUUUUUUUUUAAGCUUGAGAACUGAUUAAAUGUGAAUGCUUGUGUCCAUCUGCUAUACAAGCUGAUUUUUGUCUUUGAUGAAAAUCUCUCACAGACUGACACUUUAUGGCUGUAAUUGCAAUUUUUGUCAGUAUAUUUGAACAGUGUGAUAUUUAAAGAGUGGUGUAUACUUCAAUGGAAUGUAGUGCAUUUGCAAUGAGAGAGAAAAGUGUGGCUUCUGGUCACAUAAAAGUUAGAAUAACAUAUGCAGAUUGAUAGAUCACAGAAUAUUUUCUUUAUCUUUUUGGUCAUUUGUUUGACAUAAACAUUUGAAGUUUAGCUCUUUGGUAAUAUGGGAACUAUUUAAAGGACACUUUUCCUGUAUGUAUCAGUGCAACUCAACAGAACUGACAUGGAUGUGAAACAACUUUUAUAAAUGUGUAUGCAAAUGCUUCCAUAUGCUUGCAUUAAAUAUUGUUGAGGGGAGGGGGAUUAAAAAGUGUUGAUAUUAACUAGGCCCAAGAAUCUCUCACUAGUCAUUUUUUUUACGCUGAUUAUUGCGAUCCAUUACUGGGUCAGUUCUUUACUUUUCCAAUCAAGAUAUUAACUUUUUUAAAUAAGAAAUAAAAAAAUUUUUUACAUGAAAAUCAUGUUAUACUUUUCAAGCAUUAUCCUGAAAGAGUAUUCUACUGUGUACAUCAACUGUGAUGUCGCUGAAGCCAUUAUGAUUAUUUACCCAUGUACAGUUUUUGGGAGUUUUUUGUUUAUUGUUUUAUUUGUUCAUGGUUUAUAAAGUAUUUAUAUCUGUGUAAAAAAUCUUGAUAGAUUUAUGAGCCUUAUAGUAGUGUAUAAUUUUUAGGGGGGAAUCGAGAAGGACCUCAUUUAUUUGGGCAUCACGAACUUUAGGAAUUUUUGUCUGUAAUGAUAUGAAUGUAUGAUACUAUUCGGUGGCUUGAUAAUGAGAACAACUAUUUGAUAGUUUCUACAGAGAAAUAUAACUUCAAGUCUGUGCUUUAGUGUCUUGAAAUUAUAAAAGCAUAGCUUGCACAGUUAUUUCUUGUUCCAAUUGGUGCAUUGAAUGUGUUUGUUUAAGCCACGUGCUCUUUGGUCAGGACAACAGAACAGGUGAUCAAGAACUAUUCUCAUCAGCUUUAGUAAAAACGAUGCAGGAAAAAUUUGUCUUCAGAAGAGCUAAUUCUCAUUUCUAGCUAAUUGGAUUAUCAGAUAAAUUUUUGACUGCCUGACUUAUUCAGCUUUAUUAAUAGCUGUAGGCAUAUUUAGAACAAAGUUAUUUCCUCAAUUUUAUGUUCUUUUUGCUCACUUUUUGUGAGUCUUGUUUGCAUCUACAGAAAUACUUGUAUAAAUGAUAAAUACUUGCUUGAUAAGCAAGCUGACCACAACCAUAUCACUAUACUGCCUCUUUGAAUACAUAUGAAACAUUCUGGAAAUACCUGCUUUUGUACAGUUGUUCCUUCCUCGAGCAUUUUCAUUUUCUGUCUUUAAUCUUUUUCACAUUUUCAUAUUACAUUCGAUGACUCAAGUGGGUUUAACAAAAAUAUAAUUAAAAAUAUUUUCAUAAUUUUUAAUUUGAUAAAAAAGAAAUGAUUUCAGAUUCUACUGCUGCAUCCCACUGUUUUAAUUCACUUCUCUUUGUCAGGGGUAUAACUAUGGUAUUUAGCAAUUUUUCUGGCACAUCCAGAGGGAAGACAAAGAAAUAUACAGUAAAUUAAAAUUGCAUCUUUGUGCUUUAAAAUCUAAAAAAAAUGUAUAUUUGACUUAUAUUUUAACAUUUAAAAUAUUAUUUUUGAGGAGACAAAGCUGCACAAUUUGAGCCAGAUUGGUACAAAAUCUGAAGAGAAACCUAACGAUAUCAGAGGGGGAUGGAGUGUGCUUGGUGGGGAUGGGGGGAAAAUUGUGUUCCCUAAACCCUUGUUGGAGACUUGAUCAUCUUACAUGAUGCACCAACAUGCUAUGCCCAGAUAUAUUAACCAGUGGAGUUUUUAAUUUCCUCAAAUCUGACUGUACUAUCAAUGAAAUAUUCAAAAAUUACUACAAAAGCUCUGUCAGGUGGUUUUUACAAUCUUCUUAACUUGCAGAUUACAACUGAAAUUCACACCAUUAUAUCUAGAAAAUGACUAAGGAGAUACAUUCUUCACAUUUUCCACAAUGUGCUUUCUAUUUUAAUUUCUUUUUCUUUUUUUUUUUUUUUUGGGGGGGGGGGGGGGUCGUCUGUGAGCCAGGAUGAAGAUGCUAUUUUUGCUCUCAUGAGUAUUUAUGUACAUGCUAAGCAUUUGUAAUGAUAACUUUUUGAUGCUUUAAAUGUGAACAGUUACUUUUGACAUGCAAGUAUUGCUUGCUUUAUUUCUUGAAAGAAGAAAUCAAAACUACUGUUUAAAACCUGACCCGAUAGUGUGAAAAAUGCAUAUUCCUUUGUGACAUAUGAGAUGAUUUAAACUUACUAGAUAUGAACAAUGUACUUCAUUUGCAUUUUCAUUAAUAUGUGGUGACCUAAACUUGCAUGGUGAUUAUAAGUAGCACACAGGACCCGGUGUUAAUACCAAAGAAGUCCUGUAUAACCAUUAAGAAACUAUUACAUUUAUUGUUUGUUUUUAUAAGGCGCAAUAUUAAAUUUUCACCUAUAUGUUGCUUAUUUUUAAUAACAAAUAUGAGAUCAUUUUGCUGUGGUCACUUUUAACAGAUUGUUUUGCAGACUACACAGAUCUGUGCGCUGAACUCGUGCUUUUUCUUCUUCUUUUUUUUUUUUAAUGCAGGCAUUAACCAGCUUCCCGGCUGUUGGGUUAAAUUGUCCCUUUUGUCCUUUACAUUAGUGCAUUAACUCAUUCAGUACAAACAUAUUGAGCUGUAACUAUCAAGGCAUUUGCACCUGCAGGUGAGAACUGUAUAGGAAGAGUUAAUAUGCCCUUUAUUAGUAGGUUUAUUUUUCCUAGGUUGUGUAUAGAGUGAUAUAUUGUGUGCUGUUGAUCUAAGAAAGCAGACACACAUUAGUUAUUGUGACAAGCUAAACCCAUUAAAAUAUUUUUAUGGAUGCAAGAUCUUAAACAACACACUUUAUUUGCUUUUUCAUUUCAUUCAUGUAAGCUUUUAUCUCACCAUAAUUUGUAGAUUUUGUUUAGGAGAAAUUGCUACUCCAUUAUAGUCUUGGGUUUACCAUUUAUUAUUUCAUUAAAACUUAGUACAUUUAAAAUCCACAUUGCUUGGCAGAUAAAGAAACUAAAAACUGUAGAAAUUUCAAGUCAAAAAAGAAAGAUUUUUUCAUGCCAGUACUAUCAUAUCAUUUAUGAAAACUAAUACUUGCUGAUGAAUUAACCAACAUGCUGUGCACUCUACACAGCACCUCACCACACCAAACGACCUAGGUAAGGGGAUGACCUUUACCCCGUGCGCUUUUUUAAAAUACCUGCUUGCCAGAUCUUUUUAUUUCAAAAUGAGUUUAAGAGAAUCUUACCACUUAAGCAUGUUUAUAUAAAUUAUGCUUAAACAUGGUGUACACUGUCAGCAUACAAAUCAGUGUUCCCUAUUUUUGUAGAAACAGUUUUCAAUCCUAACUUGUUAAAUAUGUUUACAAUAAUUUAUUAAGAAUGAAGACCAGCAUACUCCAUUCCAUGAGCACAGACACAUUUGAAAUGAUAAAAAUGCUUGUAAGCUUCUGCUUUUCUUCAAAACAGAUUUUGCAUAGGAUCAUAAGGAAAGCUUUGUCAGCCUUUUUGUUUUAGGUAUGGUUUACAAGUGAUGACAGCUUAUUAAAAUUUUCUUUGCUAUCCAUAAACAAGAGAUUGAGAUUACUGUUAAGAGUGUGUGUGUGUUUUUUGCUUGAGCAAGAGAAGUGCCUCAUGAAAGAUAGUAGGUUCUUUUAAAAUACAUGUGUUUGUUUAAGAAUCAGGAGGGACAGAGAGGGAUUAUUUUUGUCCAGUGGUUGAGUAUCAAGUCUGAUAGAUUCUGUGUAGCUUACAUGCAUCAUAACUGAAGACAAAUGAUAGCUAGUAAUGAAAUAGUGGAUUAAAUUGUUGUUGUAAGCAUGAAUUUCUUUUCACUUGGAGGGUUAAUCACAUUGUAUGGUGGUUUCGACUAAUAAUAAAAUGGCCAAAAAACCUU